CAUAUGAAGGCAAUCGUUGAAUAUUUAUUUAAGCGUAUUUUUCAAUCAGAUUAAAAAAAUAGUUAUGUACAGUAUGAACGAUUAGAUAUUUUUCAACAUUAUUUAAUUUUUCAAUUAAACAAUAAUAAUGUUUGCGACAAAUAUCUUAUCUGGAAGUUUAAUAACCAGAACUAAAAAAAAUGGGAAUUCAUGUUCGGACGCAGUGACCGCAUCUUUAGUGGCCAUCACAUUUACCGCACUCGCGUUUUUGGCGCUGACAUCAACGGUGGUGGACGGUCAGAUUAGUAAAAAGAAGAACUUCCUUCACGCUUAUGACUGGCUCACUUACGACAAAUUUGACGAAAUUGACGACAGGAUGAAUUCCGUGAACGCUCAAAAUUGCAAAUCGAAAUCAGCGAGCGAGUUACGAUUGCCAAGAGAUUCGGUAGCUCAGCCGCCUAUGUUCAACCGACUGCUCAGCUACAUCGUUUAUCCUAACAGGACAAAACUCUUGCACACCCACAACAUGGCGCUGAACAGGGCCUUCUUCUACAGUUACAUAUUUCAAAGGUUGGACACCAACAUCACCUUUCCCAUGCAGCCUGGGUUGCUCUACUACUACUUUUCGGCAGUGGCUGAUGUCACGGCCAAUCCUAACAAUAUCAACGCAUCAGGAAUUUUCUUUGACAAGAACAGCUCCUUUGCAACUUGGUACCGAACACUACCAUUCAACAACACCAUUCCAUUGUUUGGACCAAGAGCUUACAGGUUCGAUGAUUUCAAUGAACCAACCAACUGGAUCAGAGAACCGACCAAUAAAACGAUCAACGUUGAAGAUUACGGCGCUGGAUCUCAAAACAACUACACUUUAAAUACAUACAAAAUCAACCAAUGGUACGAUUUGUUUCUACCUGAUAAGUGGACCGACAAAGGUGAAGAUUCGAAAAAAAAGUAUCAGUACAGCGUCGGUGUUAAAUACUCGAAUCAAACCGGCAAAUUUACUCAGGACGUUUUCGAUACGAUGACCCUUUUUGGGCCACCCUCACCGGGACAGUUGGACGAAACUCAUCUGCCGGUGCUCUUCACUGAACCGUAUUUCGAUUGCGGCCGAUCGAAUCGUUGGAUUGUGUCCGCAGUGGCUCCUGUGAUUGACCACAUUCCCAGAUAUCUUGACUGGAUACACUUGAGAAGAAUGACUUACGUUGCAGUGACCACGAUGGACAUGGAGUUUCUGAGCAUCGAUUUCAACCCCUGCCCGCGCAGCAUCGGCAACCAGCCAAUCAAUCAACAAUCAUCCGACUACUUGACCAAUGUGGCCAGAUGCAAACCGAGCACAAUUUGUGAGCCCUUGUAUGGAUGGGGUUUCAGGCGAGGGGGCUACAAGUGCAUGUGCAAGCCAGGUUACAGGUACCCACCCUGGCAGUACGGACCCUUCAUGGGCAUCGAGAUCGAGAGUGCCACCUACAUCGAGUAUGAAAAUGGAUUCGACUGCAUCCCUGUUGAACUGCGUCAGGUGAUCCCCGUCAUAAGGAGCAACGAUACGAAGGGUACGCCCAACUUCGACAUCAACUACAUGGGUAAGAGGAAAAAGAGAAGUGUGCAACUUGGUGACGAUGAAGAUUCUAAAGAUGGCGAUGACGAAAUUGUUGCUGACGAGGACAAGAAAAAUGAUGACGACGACGAAGACGACGAUGAAGAUGAUGAUAGUUAUGAAGAUGCGGCGGCUAAUAAACUUGGCGAAACAUAUGGGAGACUUCACAACGCCAGGAAAACGGACAGAUCCGUCAUAAAAGUACCAGACCAUAUUCUACAAUCGAGAAUUCUCAACAAAAAAUUGAGGUUGUUGAGAAUGUUCAACUUGAAAGAAACAACCUCAUACAAAAAGGAAGAGUCGAGUUCAGAGGAAAAGGUUACCAAGACCACCAAGGUCGUUCCGAGGGUGUCGCAUCCUUACCAUCUGCAAAGUGUCACCAACAAGAAAAUUGCUUUUGUUCCAAGAUUUGACAAGGAAAGCGUCAAGAGACGUCGCAUGAAGCGCCAGGCGUUCGACGAGAAGCAGUACAACAGGAUGCAGCAGAUUCUUAACUUCAAAACAUCUGUCACCGGAGGCAACUGCAAACAAUUCAAGAAGGAUGAACUCAUUCUUCCGGGAGAUGUCGGCUACAAUGUCGAAGUUUUGUUCUCCAACCAGGCCAGAACCGCACUGAGGCUGUCGCACUUCCUCAGCAACUUCAUGCAGAACGUGGACAAGUAUGAAGAGUAUGGGAACUUGAGAGGGGAUAGGCCGCUCAACAUUGAGCAGAUAUUUGGCGAAGUGCUAGCAAACACGAUGGGUGAUUUGAAGAUGAAGGGUAGUGGUGUCUUCUUCGAUCUGAACAAAUUCGUCGAGCCUAACGGAAAGACGAGAGAACUGUUCGGACCGUACGCUUACAAAUUUGAGAAAGCUCCAGACCCCAGCAACCCGCAGUCCAACGUCGCCAACACAAAUUUCAGGGCCGUUGAUUACGCAGGGUUUCCCACGAGCUACUUGGAUGAGCCCUGGUUCAAAAACGUUAAAGAAAGAUGGCAAUCAAACACUUACGGCCUGUCAAAAUUUAGAGAAAAGCUGGUAAUAAGAAGCGACGUGAAUGGAACCAGUCAAGUGAGCUUUUUGUUGUACCCGAUGUACUUCCAAGCUCCAAUGGAAGAGGAUGGGCUGUGGUCAGUGCCUUACUUCAAAUGUGAUGGCUACAUCGAUGACUGGAUCAUAACAUACAGUGUCCCAUUCUUCGGCUUCAAUUCUGUCGGCACGGCUAUUGAAUUCAAAGGCGUUGUAACAGUUGACGUGAUGCUGAAUGAACUGGACAUCAAUCAAUGCCCGCAAGACUACUUCGUGCCGAACGCAUUCAAGGACACUGCCAGGUGCCACUACGAGACUACAUAUUGCGUCUACAUAGCUGGCAAGAAGUUCAUAACAGGUGGGUACAAGUGCGAUUGUAAGGUAGGCUACGAGUACCCAUUCAACGACAACGCAUGGUACUUCGAUGGUCAGACUGUUGAGGAGGAAUACAGGAAGAAAGUAACUGGUGACAAGCAGACGAGGUAUGACAACUUGCAGUGCCGAAUUGCCGGAUCGUCGAAACUGUCGAGUAGCACAUUCCUGAUUUUCACCGUCUUCAUAUUAAUUUAUCAAUUUAUAUUUUAAAUGACCGCUUUUGUAAUUAAAUUUUAAACUUAUUUUGUUUUUAUCAGUAUGUUUAUGUAUCAUGUAUGUCAUGAAUGAUGGUACAAAUAUAUAUACCUAGAUACAUAAGUGUGAGAUUUUCCAUUUCUUGUACAUCAAAUUUUUUUCACACUUUCAAAAUUAAGGCCCUCAUUGCUUUUAUUUUAUCAUUAUAAUAUUUUAUUUUGUAACAAACGUAAAACUACCAUGCUAUUUCUACUGUACGAGCGAACGUUUUUUCCAUUGUACUUACCCGCUGGAUUAAGAUAUUUGAAAUUAAUAAUUAAUAAAAAAUACAAUUUGAAUCAGAAAAAU